CAGCCCACUGUGUCGGGGUCCGUGUCUCCACGCAACACUGCUGAGAAAGAAGCUCCCACUCUCGCUUCUUUUUUGUUGCUUUUGAGUGCAAAGCAAAACACCCGCAGCCGAACAAACGAGAUCGAAAGCACAACAAGUGACCAAAGCCUCUUUAAGUAGAUUUUUUCCGAUUCCAGACUCAACUGUGUCCCUCAGCUUCCCCCUUGCAACCAUGUCUGGAGAGGACGCACCUGCCCAGCAGCAGAACGCCGUGGAGCCGAAGCAGGAGACCAAACCAGCGGAGGAGCCCAAACCAGAGCCGGCCAAGACGGAGGAGGCUCCGGCCGGCGCAGCGGAGGCAGAUGCUGCUGCACCCGCGGCCGCCACCGAGAAGGUCCCCGAGGAGGAGACCUUCAGCUACCGGGCUCUGGUGCUCACCGGCUACGGCGGCUAUGAUAAAGUCAAGCUGCAGGUGAAGAAGGGAAAGCCGGUGCUCAAGGCCGGAGAGGUGAUGGUGCGGGUCAAGGCUUGCGGGCUGAACUUCGCCGACCUGAUGGCCAGGCAGGGGCUGUACGACCGCCUGCCGUCCCCGCCGGUCACCCCGGGGAUGGAGUGCUCCGGGGUGGUGGAGGCGGUGGGAGAAGAAGUGACAGACAGAAAAGUCGGCGACAAGGUGAUGGUGCUGAGCCGCUUCGGCCUCUGGCAGGAGGUGGCGGCGGUGCCGGCGAGCCACACCUUCCUCAUCCCGGAGGGCAUGAGCUUCGAGGAGGCCGCGGCGCUUCCUGUCAACUUCAUCACCGCCUACAUGAUGCUGUUUGACUUUGGCAACCUCCGGCCCAACCAGAGCGUCCUCAUCCAUGCUGCUGCAGGUGGUGUCGGUAUCGCAGCCACCCAGCUGUGCAAGACAGUGAAGGAUGUGACUGUGUUCGGCACCGCAUCAGCCAGCAAGCACGAGACCAUCGGAGAGGGUGGGGUCACGCAUCCCAUCGACUAUCGCACCAAGGACUACGUGGAGGAAGUUCGCAAGAUCAGUCCAAAAGGGCUGGACAUUAUCCUGGACCCUCUCGGAGGAUCGGACACCCAUAAGGCCUACAACCUGCUGAAGCCCAUGGGCAAGCUUAUCACCUAUGGUGCGGCGAACAUGCUGGCGGGCCAGAAGAAGAACCUGAUCGCCGUGGCCAAGAACUGGUACCACCAGUUCUCCAUCCACACACUCAGCCUCAUCCAGGGGAACAAGUCGGUGUGCGGCUUCCACCUGGGCUACCUGGACGGGGAGACCGAGCUCAUCACGGAGGCCAUGAACACCAUCCUGGAUCUGUACAAGCAGGGGAAGGUCAAGCCCCGCAUCGACUCCACUUGGCAUCUCGAGCAGGUGGGCGAUGCCAUGAGGAAGAUGCAGGAGAGGAACAACAUUGGCAAAGUCAUCCUCAGCACGGAGCCCAUGCCCGAGGAGGAGAAGAAGGAGGAGCCUAAGAAGGAGGACAAGAAAGAGGAGAAGAAGAAGGACGAGAAGAAGAAGGACGACAAGAAGAAGGAGGAGCCCAAGAAGGAGGAGAAGAAGGACGACAAGAAGAAGGAGGAGCCCAAGAAGGAGGAGCCCAAGAAGGAGGAGGCCAAGAAGGAGGAAGAGAAGAAGGAGGAGGUCAAGAAGGAGGAGAAGUGAGAGGGAGGUGUUGAUAGUCGAGCAGACCAGCAGGGAGUUUGUGUCCU